CUGAAAUCCAACUGUAGAACACCAUAAGCAGGCCUACUGAAGUCUUUAGUUUCUUGCCACUCUCUUCCGUUGAGCCGUUGAAGCACACACGACCACGACACUGCCGAAGCAAGAACCAGCCAAAAAUGGCACCCUUUUCAGGAACUUCUGAGGCAGAUUGGCAUGAUGGAAGCCAAGUUAAGGCAAACAUUCCAAUUGCUCCCCCCACUAAGCUCAACAUAGUAGGAUUAACUCUUGCCACUCAGCAUAAAUCAUUCUCAAGCUCAUCACAGGCUAAGCAAAUUAUUUCCUUGAAUCCUUUGCCUUUGAAGAAACAUGGCUAUGGUAGAAGCCCAAUACAUGCUUGUUCAGAGGAGGAGUUUUUGAAGGAUGUGAUGCAGUUACUAAUGCUUCGAGGACAUACCCAACUUAUCCCUCAAAGUGUGAUUGCUGAGUUUCCGGAUGCCAUACUUAAUGGAAAGCGUGUUGACCUCUGCAAUCUGUACAAAGAGGUGGUUACCAGAGGUGGCUUUCAUGUUGGUAAUGGCAUAAACUGGAAAGGAAAGAUCUUCUCUAAGAUGCGCAAUUAUACCAUGACCAAUAGAGUGACUGGUGUAGGAAAUACACUGAAAAGACAUUAUGAAACUUACCUACUUGAAUAUGAAUUGGCUCAUGAUUGA